UAUGCCUGGGUUAGGGACACAACAAGGAAGGAGCGGUGACACUGGGAUGGGAUGAGGACAGUCAGGACUAGGCAUGAGGGUGGCUGCUGAAGGAGCUGGGGCAGAGCUGGGAAGCGCGGAGGCUGGGGCCUGAGGGGGAGAGGCAGAGGUAAGGAACUGGAGCAGAGCUGUUGGUCCUGUGUGAGAAGGGGUCUUCAGAGAACCGCCACCCUCUCUCUCCUCGAGUGCAGUUGUGCAGUCCUCUCAUGGGUCCAUUUAUGGGGUGAAGUGAUAGUCCAGCUUGCCUGAAGAGCAAAUGGUGGAAACUCAGACUCCAGCCUUGUCAGGCUCUAUGGGGCUCAGCUUGAGACUCAGAGUGGCUCCUGGUCUACCGACAAGAACUUUCUUUCCCUGGGUACUGCCUGGCCUGGCAGGAGGGAAUAGGGAAGCCAGUCUUGAGAGAAUUUGGCGACGAGGAGAAAUCAGCUGGGAAGAAAUUUCCCAAGGAGAAUCUGCAAUACAGGCACCAAAAUUUUGCAAAGCCACAGGAAGAUGUGUGACCAGCAGAAGCAGCCACAGUUCCCCUCAUCUUGUGUGAAAGGUUCAGGAUUGGGAGCUGUACAGAGUACCAAAUGUACCUCUGUGAAAUGCCCAGCUCCAUCCCAGACUCAAGCCUGUGUGAAAUGCCAAGUGCCAUGCCAGACUCAAACCUAUGUGAAAUAUGCAACUCCUGGCCAGAUGUAUGUGAAACGCCCAGCUCCAUCCCAGACAACCUAUGUGAAAUGCCCAGCUCCUUGUCAGACAUACAUGAAGUGCCCAGCUCCAUGCCAGACAACCUAUGUGAAGUGCCCAGCCCCCUGCCAGACCCAGGCAUGCUAUGGCCAGGGCCCUUCUUCCGGCCAGACCUACUACGUUCAGGCUCCUGCGAGUAGCUUGACCACCUUAUGCUGUGUACCUGAUCCAUGCUCUGCACCCUGUUCCACCAGCUACUGCUGCCUGGCUCCCCGGACCUUCGGGGUGAGUCCCCUGAGAUGCUGGGUCCAGCGACCCCAGGACUGCAGCUCAGGAUCAUCUGGCUGCUGUGAAGGUUCUGGGUGCUGCAGCUGUGGGGGCUGUGGUUCUGGGUGCUGCUGUUUGGGGAUUAUCCCCAUGAGGUCCCGAGGUCCUGCGUGCUGUGAUCGUGAGGAUGACUGCUGCUGCUAAAUACAAAACAGCCCUGCUCUGGAACAUUCAGCAGCCUCCGGCCCCCUCUCUGUAUUCCCAGUUAUGUAGAAUCUUAUUGCUUCACCAUGUACUUUGCUUCUCUAUGAAGGCAGCCUGCCAGAGUUAGCAUGUGCCCCAAACUUUGGCAAGAAUAAAGCUCUGAAAGCAAUUCAUAGAGAUGUCCUGUCUAUU